AUGCAGCAGGUUCCCAAGUGUGCCCUUCAGCAUGUCUUUCGUAAGAAGAAUAUUGUUGCUGACCGUUUGGCUAAUUGGAGUUAUCAAGUGGAUCUUGGGUUGUGCGUGUUUGAGCAGGCCCCUAGUUGGUUAAGUGCUUAUCUUGUUGAUGAUCUGCUUGGAAUUGUUCAUUCUAGAUUAGUCUGUUUAGACCAAAAGAAAAAGCAAAAGAGAGAAGAAAGUUGGUCCUCAACCACUCCUGUUUCAAUCAAUGGUUUAAUAUUCAAUCAAUCCUCAAAAGUCAAAAUCAGUACCACUCCUGUUUCAAUCAAUGGUAAUGGCUACGGCUUCUACAACUCAUCCUACGGGGAAAACCCCGACCAGGUUUAUGCAAUCGGGCUAUGUCGAGGGGAUGUCACGGUGGACAUUUGUCGUGACUGCCUCAGCAAAGGCACACAACAGCUCACACAGGUCUGUCCCAAUCAAAAGGAAGCUUUCGGCGUAUUUGACCUGUGCACGCUUCACUACGCCAACCGCUCUAUCUACGGAGCCAUUGAAACUUUUCCUGCUUUCCGGUGGUAUAACGUACAGAACGUGUCCAACGUCGACGGGUUUUUUCAAGAGCUGAGGACGCUACUGGAUGACCUAAGGGGUCAAGCUGCAGGGAACAGUUCACUUCGAAAAUUUGCGGUAGGGACCGCAACCAGAGACGGAUCCAUUAAGGCGCAAAGAGGCGCACACCGGAAUUUAGUUAGACUCUUAGGUUUCUGCUUAGAAGGAAGUGAAAGGCUUCUUGUCUAUGAAUUUGUCCCUAAUGCAAGUCUCGAUCACAUCAUAUUUGACCCAACACAGCGUGCACAACUAGACUGGGUGAGGCGCUACAAAAUCAUAGUAGGCACUGCUCGAGGCCUCCUUUACCUCCACGAAGACUCUCGCCUUAAAAUUAUUCAUCGUGAUCUCAAAGCUAGUAACAUCUUGAUAGAUGCAGAAAUGAACCCCAAAAUUUCAGAUUUUGGCAUGGCAAGGUUGUUCGUUCUUGAUCAAACGCAAGGCAAUACUAGUCGGAUUGUUGGGACCUUUGGGUAUAUGGCUCCAGAGUAUGCAAUGCAUGGGCACUUUUCUGUUAAGUCCGAUGUCUACAGUUUUGGUGUGUUAGUUCUAGAGAUAGUCAAUGGACAAAAAAAUAGUGGCUUCAGGCAUGGAGAAAAUGCGGAGGAUCUUCUAAGCUUCGCCUGGAGAAGUUGGAGGGAAGGGACAGCUUCAAAUCUAAUAGAUCCCACAUUGAAGACUGGUUCAAGAAAUGAAAUAAUGAGAUGCAUCCACAUUGGAUUAUUAUGUGUGCAAGAAAAUGUAGCUGAUAGGCCAACCAUGGCUUCUGUUAUUCUCAUGAUGAAUAGCUACUCCUUCACUCUCCCAGUGCCCUCCCAACCUGCAUUUUAUUUGCAUAGAAGCAUUGGAUUGGACAUGCCGUUACGAUCUGAAUAUAAUUCGGGGGCAACAAGGUCAGAUCGAUCCAAGAGUAACUCUGUCAUGGUAAUGGAAUAUGAGACUUUUACUGAACCACAUCCUCGCUAG